GGUUCCGUCAUCACCUUCUACCGCUGAUCAGUGGAGCCAGUCUAUCCUAUAAGCGCGCUCACAGCCAACCUGCAAACAUUCACUGACACCUUCACAUUUCAGAGCAGGAGGCAAUGGCCACGAGGACCGACGCAUCGAUAUAGCCUGUUUAUCCUGGGAAGUUCUUUCUUCUUAGGCUACAUUUCAUUCAAAAAGGGAAAACGGUGCGUUGGAAGCAAUAUACGGCCUUCUGGAACGAAUCCUCUCUAUCAACUGUAUUGGCUAUAGAUUGCCUUGACAAGCAGUCUCGGUGAUUGACAGCAGGACCAAUACACGAGGGUUGUCGAUGCGCUUAUUAGAAAAACUUUUAACCGAAGGUUCUUAGUUAGUUUUAUCCGUCAUAGUGUUUCGCCAUUUAGGCUAUUGCAUUAAUUAUUCUUGAAAAAAUACACAUCUUCUCCUUGCUGCGGGUUUCCUUUUUAUUGCCACUGCGGAUUAAAAUAUUCAAUUGGACGUAAAAGUCUCAACUUCAUACACCACCUUCUCUGCGGACUGAGUCAGUAGCUGUUUCUUACCUCUCUGUAUCUCCAAGACAAGCGCAUGUCGAUGGCGCAAAGGUACGAUGAGCUGGCCCACUAUGGUGGUGGGAUGGACGGAGUUGGACUCCCGGCGUCUAUGUAUGGAGACCCGCAUGCUCCCCGGCCGCUUCCGCAAGUCCACCACCUGAACCACGGUCCGCCUCCACAUCCAACGCAGCACUACGGAGCCCACGCACCCCACAACAUCAUGCCCAGCAGCAUGGGCAGCGCUGUCAACGACGGACUAAAAAGAGACAAAGAUCAAAUCUAUGGUCACCCGUUAUUCCCUCUGCUAGCACUGGUGUUUGAGAAGUGUGAGUUGGCGACCUGCACACCGAGGGAGCCUGGAGUAGCGGGCGGCGAUGUCUGCUCCUCAGACUCCUUCAACGAAGACAUCGCUGUCUUUGCAAAACAGAUACGUGCAGAGAAACCGUUAUUUUCAUCGAAUCCAGAGUUGGACAACUUGAUGAUCCAAGCUAUACAAGUAUUACGAUUUCAUCUUUUGGAAUUAGAGAAGGUGCACGAGCUCUGCGACAACUUCUGCCAUCGGUACAUCAGUUGUUUGAAAGGCAAAAUGCCCAUCGACUUGGUCAUAGACGACCGAGAUGGCUGCAAAUCAGACUUCGAUGACCUGACAGGAUCUGCCACAAAUCUAGCAGAUCACAACCCGGCGUCCUGGAGAGACCUGGAAGACGCCCACUCCACGCCUUCUGUGGGCACCCCGGGGCCCUCCAGCGGGGGCCACGUCUCCCAGAGUGGGGACAACAGCAGUGAACUCGGAGACGGCCUCGACAACAGCCUCGCAUCGCCGGGCACAGGGGACGAGGACGACCAGGACAAGAAGAGGCAGAAGAAGAGAGGCAUCUUCCCCAAAGUGGCCACCAAUAUCAUGCGAGCGUGGCUCUUCCAGCACCUUACGCACCCCUAUCCUUCAGAGGAACAGAAGAAGCAGCUAGCACAGGACACAGGCCUCACCAUCCUGCAAGUGAACAACUGGUUCAUCAACGCCAGGAGGAGAAUAGUACAGCCUAUGAUUGACCAGUCUAACAGAACAGUGGGCCAGGGGACAGCAUACAGCCCUGACGGUCAACCAAUGGCAGGCUUUGUACUCGACGGACAGCAGCACAUGGGAAUUCGACCUGGCGGACCAAUGGGUGGCAUGGGAAUGAAUAUGGGUAUGGAUGGACAGUGGCACUACAUGUAAACCCUCUCCAACCAAGGCAAGCCUGAAGAAGAUAGUGAAGCCUCCAUGGUUUGCUCAGGGAAAAUUCCAUCCUGCCGCGUGGUCCAAUGAAAGCGUGACUCCGCCCAAGUCGCACCUGUACCCAUCAUCUGACCACGCCCACCUCACAACCGCACUGGAGCAUAGAGGACCACACCUACCCUGGGACAACCCACACCUGUACAGACCCUGCCCACAUUGACCUUUACUAACUAACCCCAUGGCUGGAGGAAGACCAGGAUCUAGGAAUAAACAACAACAACAUUUACAGACAACAACAACAAAAAAUACUUCUGAAUGAACAACAGAAGCUAAAAUGACCUCAACAACAUUUUGACAAAUUAGUUUUCUUUUUUUAAAUUAUUUAUUUAUUUUUCUACAAUGGUGGACCAUUGGGACAAGAACUUUCAAGUAUUUGCUCAAGAUAUAUUGUCACAAUUGUACAUACACACACACACACACACACACAUAUAUUCUCACACACACACACUUCAUCCUAUGAGCACACCAUUUGAAAACAACCACUGUGGAAUAUCUAAAAAGAGGAUGGAGACUAAGACUUUUAAUAACUGUUGUGAUGUAUAGACUUGUGCUUUUUCAUUUGACUGUUCUGUCCAUGUUUGUGCUUUGUGAUCACUAGUUUAUAGAGUGAGAGUUUAUCACUGAUCCCACCUUUAUGUGCUGUGGAAGAGAGAGAGAGAUUGACUCAGUCUGCAGCUCCAUCCAGCUCCCAGCAAAAUACCAAGCCCGCUUUUUAUACGAGUAAAAGACUGAAAGAGCUGAUGAACUGACUCCAUACUGGUAAGGUGGAUCCUUGACUGACUUCCAUUUAGAUCAUAUUCAAAUAGUUUUAUAGCACACAGGAAGAAGGGAAGGAUUUCUACACUAAAAACCAAAAUAAAAACUCAUUUUAAAACUUGA